UUAUCUGCGCUGGUGGCAGCCGUAAAACAUUGAAACUUGCCCAACUAGUUAUGCUAUUUUUACUUGUGAUUUAGCAUUAAGAAGUAAAAAACAGAGAGAGAGAGGGAAUGACAUUGAAAGGAAAGGGGAGACCACUUAUUAAACAACGUCAACUGAUAUGUAAAAUACACCUUGCGUGAAUAAACGGUUGAAUCAAUCUAAGUCACGUGACCAGUAGGAUUCAACUGUGACAAGUCUUACCCGUCGACAGCAAGGAUGCUACUAGUCUACAAUUCAAGCGUGCAUGUGUGGCUAGACUUAGCGAAAAGCUAGAAAAAUGGAAGAACCCAUCUAUAGACACACAGGUACCCGUGACAAUAAAGGAAGUACAUUUCAAAAUCGUGGCUAUUAAGAUCAAGUUGAACUCCGCUACCCAUGCGGUUUAAUUUAUUUCCCUCCAGACUAGACCGAUAGAGGAGCGUCAGAGGCCUACCUCUUGAAAAAAAUCCAGUCAAGAUGAUUCUAAAACGAGUUCCAUUUCUCUUUCAUUGUGGUCACAAAAACAUAACCAUAAAACAUUCAUUUUCACAAAUGCGUAGGAAAAAACUAGAUCUAGAUCUACUUAAUGUGCAAAGUUACAGCAAGAAUGCACCAUCUGAAAACAUUUUGAGCAUCCUAAAAACAAGAAUAAAAAUGUAUGGACCAUUAACAGUAGCUGCAUAUAUGAAAGAAAUCCUAACAAAUACACAGUCUGGCUACUAUAUGUACAGAGAUGUUUUUGGAACUGAUGGAGAUUUCAUUACCUCACCAGAAAUUAGUCAGAUGUUUGGGGAGAUGAUCGGAGUAUGGAUUGUUAAUGAAUGGAUGAAUCGCUACAAUGAUAGGAUACAGAUAGUGGAGCUGGGUCCAGGAAGAGGAACGUUGGCUGAUGAUAUGCUCAGAGUUUUUUCACAAUUCCCAAACAUCGCAGAUAAGGUCAGCCUUCAUUUGGUUGAAAUCAGCCCUACAAUGAGCUCCUUGCAGGCUGCUAAGUUGUGUGAAAAAAAUGAACCUGACAAUUUUAAGACCUGCAAAUCAAAUCCAGGUGAUUCCACCACUGUUACCUGUCAGUACCAAAGUACAUCAAAAUAUGGGACUCAAGUUUUCUGGUAUAAAGAACUAGCUGAUGUUCCUAAGGGACUGUCUUGUUUCAUUGCCCAUGAAUUUCUGGAUGCCCUUCCUAUUCACAAAUUUCAUAAAACAGACAAAGGGUGGAGAGAAGUAAUGGUGGAUGAAGAUCCAGAAAGUGGUUUGUUAAGAUUUGUUUUAGCCCCAGCACCUACACCAGCAAGUAUUGCUUACCUCAAGGAUCUGCCUAAUGAUGAAAGAAUCAAUGUGGAAGUUUGUCCUCAAGCUGGCAUUGUGGUGCAGGAAAUUAGUCACAGGAUAGCACAUGAUGGUGGGUUCUCAUUACUUGCUGACUAUGGUCACACAGGCGAAAAAGGAGGAACUUUUAGAGCUUUCAAAAACCACAAGUUACACGAUCCUUUAGAUCAACCUGGUACUGCUGACCUCACAGCUGAUGUAGAUUUUUCUUACCUGAAGAGAUGUAUAAAUGCUAAAGUGAAUGUUUAUGGACCUAUAACUCAGGAGAGAUUUUUGAACAACAUGGGAAUAGGAUAUAGAUUGCAGUCAUUGCUGCAGCACACAAGUCAAGAGCAUUGGUCAAGUCUUAUUUCCGGCUACAAGAUGUUAACAUCGCCAGAGCAGAUGGGAGAGCGCUUUAAGUUUAUGUCAAUUAUGCCCAGAAUGGAAAAAAGCUACACACCUGCUGGGUUUGCAAGUUUGAAUUUGGAGGCAGAUAAACACAAUUAGUAGCAACACUUAUUGUAUAAUUAAUUAGUUUAUUUUUUAAAA